AUGUUGGGGGAAUCUCUCCCAUCCAGCCCUGCCUCUCCUGGUAGAGAGCUGGAGCAAGCUGCGCACAGAAGCACACAGCAGACGUCUUCGUCACCAAUGUACGAUGCACCCGCCAGUGUAAGUGUAAGUGUUCCCGCGCAGAUAUUGCGUGUGGUUAUGAAGUCGCCGCGCAAGUCCCAAGCGGCUCAGGUGUCUCACGUGACAGCUAGCGUCCACGUGGAUGAUACGGGUAGUACAGGUGGUAGUAGCAUACCACAUGAAAGUACAAGCGCACGCACUCGCGCAUCGUCCGACGCGAUAGCGGCUGUUCAGGGAGAUACACUGAACGUAGGCUGUGAGGAACAUACAGGUUCAACCCAGCAUGAGGGCAGUACCUAUACUAUAGUCGUAUCGCAGGAUAGCGUAAAGGCUGUUGCUGAUGGCGAGAUGAGCGAUAGUGAUGUGUCACGGUCACAUGAAGAACCUGCGUCUCGGCGCAGCGAUCGCAAGAAGAGGGCCCGGCGUAAGGUGGCUGUCACGAAUGCAACACCCUCCAUAAAGUCGCAGUCUCAGUCUCAGUCACAAGCAGAGUCAGCAACAAGUGUUUGUGGAGCCGAUCAGACGGAAGAUGAGGGUAGAGACAAGUCGACCGGGGCUGAUGACAAACAAAGAGUACAGGCGAACGCGAACGGGCUGACUAUGAACGAUGUAAACGAGCCCUUACCAGCUCAACCUGAACCGAAUGUGGUGGCUACAACGGCUUCGAUUGCGGAUUCCCACACAUCCGUCUCGAAUUGCAAACGUGUUCCUGGAGCGAAAGAUGUAUGCACAGCUGCAUGCAAAGCUGUGUGUGCUAAUGCAUGCAAAGGGUCAUCAACGUGUAAGAAAGGUGGAGAACGAAGGACCAAAUCAUCAUGGACAGUGGAUGAGAAUAAGCUGUUUUUCGAGUCCUUCCUCAAGGUUGGAAAGGAGUUCGAUAAGAUUCGCGUUGCCGGACGAAUGCAAGAUCAAAUCCGGAAUUACUACUAUCAGAACCUGAAAAUGAUCUAUAAGAUGCUUGGUGAUGAAUGCAAGCCCGCGUCAGGCUCGGACGAAAGGUACCAGUUAAAGUGUCUGUACUACCUACAGAAGACCUUGAAUUUACCUGCGGAUAAUCUUUCUUCGAGCUUCAGCUACACCCAUUUGUUCGCUCCGCGCCUGAAACAGCUUUGCUUGGAAGGAAAGACCGAAUUUACCAAGAUGGGCAAGACCAGGAAGCUGUCUUGCAAGCGAGAUAAGUACUUUGAUGCCAAUGGUAUACCCCUGCCCAAGUACGGGCCUUGUCCGCACGCGCAUCAACACCCCCAUCAUAACCACCACCACACUGAUAUGAAACCACCACCACCCAAGAAAUACCCGCGAUUGAAAGUAUCGAAAACUCUCAAAGGUACAUCGUCAAAGUCUUCAGUUCCUGUCCGAGCUGGAGCAUCUAACAAAGCACCGCCAUCAUCGAAAAAUAACCUUAGUACUACAGAUGGGCUUGUAGCUAAAACCGUUUCAGAAUCAAAAACAACUAAUAAUAGUAGCCGUAGCCGUACAUCAGCUGCCGAUAAACCUAUCGGAACGAGUACAGACCCAGGCAAUAAUCCAAGUCUAAAGACUGGGUCAGUUGGACCUGUACACUCUGGUGCACCGAUAUUGGAGCCAGAGGCGGAGACCGUGGUUGAGCUCGAAUCGUACAAACCUCAAGUGAGCACGGUGGAUUUGGACAACGAUACGAACGAUGGAAUGUGUAUUGACCUUGAUGAACUCGAGGAAUGUCUGUCCGACGUGGAUGAUGUUGAAAGUGAGGCAGAUUCGCGGACAGGGAAGGGGGCCGGUGCCUCGUGCGCCAAUGGAAGUUUGAAAACAGCUGAAGGGUUUACCAGAGAUGAAAGUGUGGGUACUUCGAAUGUAGGUGCUCCGCGCAAGCAGAACGAGUCUGUUCCGAUGCCACAACGUCUGUUUAUGGCUUUGGGAACCAAGCGCCAGGGGAAAGAACGAGUGCUCGACAAUCGUCGACGGGCAAGCCGUGGAUCUCUGACGAACAUUAAGAAGGCAACCACUCCGUCGGAUGCACCGGCACUUGCCACAGACACCAGUACAGAAAAGGGGUUGUCAGGACAGCCCUCUGCAGAAGGCACUCCAGCGGUGUUAGGUUCCAAAACUAAGAUUAAUGGCGAUUCUGGCCUGUGGAGAUCGAAAUCGGCCAGUGGUGCAAAAACAGCGGAGAAGAAAAAUAAGAAGGAGAAGUCGAAGACGGUGCUGGUCAAUAAGCCACCCAAACCAUUACAAUCUAAACUGAGUACCGGAUCACAGCCGGGGCCUACAAUAUACGAUCAGCAGGCCGCGUUGUCGGCGAGACAAUCUGACUCGCGCCAACAUGCUACACCAUCACCGCUUCACACUCAAUCUAACUCAUCUCCAGCACACUCCGCUCAACCGAACGAACCCCCUUCCGCAAACCUAGCGCUCCAGGGACCGCCACCAAGUAGUCAACCGCACCCAACUUCAGCGCUCUCUUCCCAAUCGAAUCCGAAUUCUUCUCCGUCGGUCCCAAACAUAUGUCACUCGCACCCAGGUUCACCCACCCGAACUCAAUCUCGCAUGAGUGUGCCGCCCCAAACGCAACUACAUUCAUGUCUAACCACCCGGUCUCAAUCGCAGUCAAAUUCAACAUAUUCUACACAUACGCCUCCAAUUCAGCAACCGCAGCUGACAGUCCAAGGUACUGCCGGAAUAUCCGAAUCGACUAAUGUGUCAUCACAGCCAAUCUCGACGCCACAUUCGCUUACACCUUCAAACUUGGAGGAACAGAACCUCAAACAACAACCUGAAAUAAAUAGUGUCUUGUCUAACCAGCUUGCUGCAACGGGAGAGGAUGACAUAGUGGCGGACACUGCACCGGAGUUGCCAGUCACCGCUGCUACAAAACAUGAGGGUACAUCUACGCAUAUGAAUGCUAAAUCUCCGACGAUCGGCCUGUCCGUUGCUGCGGAAUCAACUACAAUUACAGCACCCCUGAACUAUACUGAUGAUACAAACAUGGAGGUGGACGUAAAAAUAUCACGACGUGUAGAUACUGGCCUAGAAGAAAGGGAUCUUCCGCUUACGGUUUUAUCAUCAGCUUCAGCUUUGCCUGAAAGGAAACAGACGCCUAUACAGACUAUCAACGACAUGCAGAGGUCCACCGAGAAGCCGAAGCCAACACCUACAUUUCUGCGCAUGAGUACAGACAUGGGAAGACGCGCACAGUCUGGUGAGGAAGUUGGACUAGGAACUCACAUCCAGGGGGAAACACGGCUUACAGCUGACAACCCCAUGUUGUCACAUACAGAUUUUGGCAGUGGGGGCGAUGAGAGCGACGAAGAGCUGAAACAUGAAAUAUCCCAGUUACUGGGUCGUUAUUCUAAGCGGAAACUGCAACGGUACCUGUCUAAAUACGACAUCGAUACGGGCAGUGCGUUCCCGAGGGCUAACAAGCUGAGAAAGCACAGCCACGCAAACGAGAAUACGACCGCAUCCUCACCCGGAGAACAGCCAACAUCACAGUAUAAUAUUAGUGUCCAUGCUAGCAAGGAAGUUCAGCCUAGCGAUGUACCCCGAAAUGAUGGGGGUAUUGGUAAGGGGAUUAAGAAGAAACCGCGACGAGCAGUCUUACAGACAAUCAGUCGACCGCUCUCUGUAGACCUCAGCAAGGUGAACUUAGACCCUGCUUCGACUGCGAUGGUACGGGACAAAACGUCGAGCGUUGAGUUGUCGCAGCCUAUUGGCGUAAAACGGAAAUCGGAGGAGGAAGGUACAGUACACAGCAAGGCUCCCGCAGGAUCGUCAUCGGGUUUAAGUGGCACGAAUAUCUUUGACAAGAAUGCCGAGAAGUUUUCAGAUGGUUACUCGGGCUUGCGAUCCGGAUAUUCGUCUUUGUCACUUGGUACCAUCAAAGGACACUUGGAGACUACCCCUGCAGAAGAGAUACGAGCACAUUUUGAACGGUCAAGUCAUGGUGGAAUAGAUUUUGGCAGUAAUAUUUUUGGGUCCAGCUUCGGGCAGAAUAACGAGAUGAUUGUGUCCAGUGAGGAUAGAUUCGGCGCUGCCUAUCGUACCAUCACGGGUGAAACCCCCGGUGAGAAACUCGAUAGCAAUGGCGCUACUCCUAAUGGUAUAAACGAUAUUCAGACUAUUCCCACCCACGAGGAGAUGAACGGCAAAUCAAGCAUAAACAUCGAUGUAGACGUAGAGAUGGACACCGAAUUGAGAUUAGUCGGGAUGUCUAAUGAUGCAACCGACAUGCAUCUGCCGGCGCACACCGUUCCCGCUUCCCAGAUACAACCCAAGCCCCAGCAACUCUCGCAGUCGACUGCUCAGGCUGACAUUCAGUCCUCAUUCUUGCAUCAAUCGCACCAAGAUAUUGGUAGUUUCGUGAGAAAAGAUCGACACUCUGUGUCUAGCACCGGCAGCGGUGGCUUAGGAAAUGGUAUGUACGAUUUCCGAGCAGGGACUCCCAAUACAGUGAUAGGCGCGGAAGACCACAUACGGGCACAGCAUCGGAUGCUAACGACUCAGAUUGUACAUGGGGUAACCUGCGAUUCUCGAACUUCCAUCGGCGAUACGCAUCUUAAUCCGGCUUCAGCAAUGGAUCGACAAGUACUCGGCGCAGAUCAGCUUUCUUGGGGAGAUCUUGACCGCGAUGUGGAGCUUCGGUUGGCUACCAUACGUGCACAAUCUGAUACCCACUCAGAUAUAUAUGCACAAGCUAGCGCUGAGAUUCGACCCCAAUCGGGCAUACAUGCACAGGCCAAUUCUAGCAUGCCUGUACAGUCAGAUGCACGUGUUCAUGCCACAGUCGAUGUGUCAGGUCAGUAUUCUGAACGUACUUCGCGAUAUCUGUCAGCACACGCGAACGGCAAUGCUAAUACGCACCCAUUAGAGGUUCUGCAAAUCGACGCGAAUUCUGAUCUACAGCUGAGUGCACGCACACUUACAAGGGCCCAAUCUAGUCCUGCUGGCAAAGCAUCUAUGAAUACAGAAAGACGCCAGCCCAAUAGCACCCCAACUGAAGGGACAAAUAGUACCGCCAAGACUACCUCAGGCCCUAUGCGGGUGGACAUGGUCCCAGCAUUGACUGACGACAAGGAACGCCUCCUGCAGAUGGGCAUGAAUCCUUUGAUAACGCUGCAAAUUAAGAAGGGUAGUAAACAAGUAUCGAAGAUUCUAGGACAUUUAGAAAAGAAAUGGUUCAGCAGAUCCUCGGUGCCGGCGCCGGACAUCACUUUGUGGGCUACUCCUUUGAACCAAACCACAGCCACCAACGUGAUGCGUGUGAAAUUUAGUUUGCGCUCAUGCCCGUCAGCCGCAACCGUACAUGAUCUCCAGGAGAUACUCGGUCCCACUACCGCCGAGAACAUACGGAUACAGUACACAUUAAGCAACACGCCUCCGCCCAGCACUAUUGUGAUACCAUUUCAGAAGCCAUUCAGGUUGCCUUCUACAAAACAAACUCAAGUACAGGUAUCUACAAGUGCAUCGACUCACAAUACUACCGGACAGCUGUCUCGUCCGCACUCGUUUACGAAUACGCAAACAGUAUACAGCAGACACUCUCCGGAGGCUGCGUCCCUUCCCUCGUACACUACACCAGCGCGUCAAUUAGAAAACACCGCAGAACAGCAACAAGCACGUCAAUCGCAGCAAAUGUAUGAGAAUCAGCAACAAGCCCGACAACGAGCACAGCCACAGUCACAGUCACAGAAGCAACCGCGCAGUCGGCAGAAUGGCUCAAAUCUGCCCGAUUUUAGACAAGCUUCUGACUCUCUGAGCCUGUCGUUUUCAUCAGAAGCGUUGGGUGAGGUACAAACCGUUCCGCCCAAAGAUGGUUCAGUGAUGUCGGCCACAGGCCCACACGCAAACGGGCAUACCGGGGUAGAAUUAUCUAUUGAUCAUAAUGCUGUAGCGGUAGGCAAGGAUACAACGCGCAGCAAUCAGCCUGUGUCUAUGGGUCGGCUUGACUUUGGAUUGACUUUGCAGACGGAUCACGUACAGGCGCAGCAUGAGAAUGCUGUAUGGAAUGGAGCCGCCGAGCAUGACAUCAAUAUACACUUAAACGACAAGCAGGGUACAGGGCAGGGUACAGGCCUAGCCAACAUGCAUGGCUUGCUACCAAGGAAUAGGACAAAUCGUGCGCCGGGGGUCAUAUCCUCCUCAUUCGGAGGUCUACACAAUGGGCUUGAUCAAGAUCUACCUCUCGAUUUGCAGUUUAGUUUAGCAUCACCUCGUUUCUCUGAUGAAGUCCGAGGCCGAGACAACCAAAAUGGGUCCAAGAAAUUAGAUCAAACCGAUUUCCAAAAAUUAGAUCAGACACAACCGCAUGUACACGCGCCAGUAGAAGUCCAGCCGCUCUCAAACACUCCGAAAGCAGCUGCAAGAUCUCCAUCUCAAACAGAUCAAAGUUUCUUUGAGGACCACAUCAUGCCACCUCCACCGCAGACCGUACGCAGUAUAGGGAAGUCCAGUGAGUUCAGCUUCGAAAAGCGUAGUAGUGAUGAUAUCGGUCCGCCACAACUAUUGUCUGAACAUUCGCUUGCCUCAAAGCCGUUUGAGACGACCAUCAAUGAGGCACGAGUUUCGAAACAGCUCAAAGACACUUCAGGCCAGGCUCCUUUAGCAGAAGUCGAGAAGAGACUGGAGAAACCAACAUUUGUUAUGACUUGCACGGACGCAGAUAACCAGUGGUCAGGUAUAGAUAAAGUUGAAAUUCCGUUUUCGCGGAAGGAAUCUGUGAAUAGCCAGGUGUCGAAAGGACCUGGUGUUCUUUUGGCCCCGUCUAACUCGCCCUGGGGAGACGAGACCAUGGAUGUAAGCUGCGACGGAUUUGGUACGAACUUUUUUCACCCGUCAUGUCUAGAAGGUGGUGGCUCUAGCAGGCACGCACCUCACUCACAACCGCCCCCCUUUGGUUCGAAUGCAAGUCGCCAAGACAUUUUCGGCCUCAAUGAGAAUAGCCUGAGCUCGCGAGUAAGGAUGGACUUGAAUGGCAGAAAGAUUUCGAAGGGAGAUAUGAGUGGUACCAGUGGACAUGCUCCUCUUGGCUCUAUAUUUCAUGGGGAUAAAUCAAAUGGUCUAUUUUGGGGAAGCUACCAAGGGCAUGUGGACGGUCAUGGCGGGAGCAAAAAUGGCUCCACAUCUGCUGCUAAUACACAGUCAGCUGCCAGGAAGUUCGAUUUCAGUGGCAACAACAGCGAGGCAAUCAAGUUUGUACAGCCGAACGGGAAUGGUCGUUCCUGGAAGCCGGCAAAAAAUCCCUCUUCCGAACAGAAUUAUUAGAUGUCUGACCAUAACCAGAGCUGGAAGUUGUCGAUGCUUUUACAAAAAUGCAUAUUUCAAUAUCCCAUGUGCAGCUAUGGGCCUUGUAGCUAGUAGCUAGUAUAAUACGGAAAGUCACCUGUUUUGUAAACAGAUGAUAACGGCUAAGAUUCGUAAAAUAUAAAACUCGA